GGUGACAGCUUCUGUCGUCGACGCCACCUCCCCCGCCCUGCCUACGCUGUCGAGCACGACGAGUGUAGCAGCCCGCUCGCCACCGCGCCUCGGGCCUCGGGGGCCGCCGGUCGUCGUCGCCCGCGAAGGGUGCGUGGCGGGCGACGUGGAUGGGGCGGGGUGGGGACAGAAGGCGAGCUGGACAGGCGACGAGCUAGUGGACGGCCACCGUCUUUCCAGGCCGCCGUUUCCUCCACCCUCAUUCCGAUGGGAAGCCCGGUGUCUUCCCCCGGCUCCCAGCCUUAAAUCAGAGCGGACUGCCCACCGGCACACCGCUCUGCUCUCGCCUGCUCCCACCACAUCGUCUCUUGCUCUGCUUUCCCCACCAUGCCAUCUGCUCAUGUUCCCAAGAAAACCCAGGUGCUCAUUAUCGGCGGCGGUCCCGCAGGCAGCUACGCCGCCGCCGCUCUCGCCCGAGAAGGCAUCGACGUCGUCCUCCUCGAGAUGUCCAUCUUUCCCCGAUACCAUAUCGGAGAGUCUCUUAUUCCCUCCGUUCGACACUACUUACGCUUCAUUGGCGCAGAGGAGCUCAUUGCCACCCAUGGCUUUGCUACCAAGCCUGGCUCCGCCAUCAAAUUCAAUCAAUAUAUGCGCGAAGGUUACACGGACUUCGUCGCGCUCGGAUCCGACAACGCCGCCUGGAACGUCGUCCGCGCAGAGUUCGACCACCUCCUGCUCCAGCAUGCUGCCGCCUCCGGCGCACGCGUCUUCGAGCAGACCCGCGUCACCGAGCUCCUGUUCGACGCACAGCCUGCAAAAACAACGCCCGCCCGGCAGAGUGCGCAUCGGCCGUCACUCAACCGCAAGGUGUCCGCCGGCAGCUCGAGCUUGAGGGCCGUCGCCGAGGAGAGCCCGCUUCCUGCUGACGCUGCGAGCAGUGGGAAGACGUCGAAGGAAAGCGAACAAAACGUGGGCUUUGGUCGGCCGAUCAAGGCGAUUUACGAGACGGCCAACGGCGGCAGAGGCGAGAUCGACUUUGAGUAUCUGAUCGACGCGAGCGGGCGCGCCGGCGUGAUGAGCACAAAGUACCUCAAGAAUCGCAGGGUGAACGAGAGCCUCAAGAACGUCGCCGUGUGGGGCUACUGGCGCGGCACGGGCAUGUACGGCAAGGGGACGGCGAGAGAGAACGCGCCCUACUUCGAGGCACUCAGCGACGAGUCAGGCUGGGCGUGGUUCAUCCCCCUGCACAACGGGCUCACCUCCGUCGGCGUCGUCAUGGCCCAGAAAGAGCUCGGCCUCCGCUCGCGCGCGUCCUCCUCCGCCUCGCCCUCCUGCUCUCCCGCGCCAUCCUUCACCAACCCCGCCGCCGCCCCAGGGAGUGCGAGCGCGCGCCCGCGCUCGCUGUCGACCCUGUCCACGCGCACGGCGUCGACGCUCGCGGAGCGCUACCUGGGUUUCCUCCAGCUCGCGCCGGGCGUGCGCGAGCUGAUCGGCGAAGGCGCGCUCGUGGAUGUCGCGGGCCCCGGCAUGGGCAUGGGCGUGGGCAGCGAGCAUGAGCGGGCCUGGUCCGGUGGGGAGGAGGCGAGGGCGGUGAGGAGCGCGAGUGACUAUAGCUACCACGCAGACGUGUAUGCGGGCGAGGGGUGGAGGCUCGUGGGGGAUGCGGGAGCGUUCAUAGACCCGUUCUUCUCGUCGGGCGUGCACCUGGCGAUGACGGGCGGGCUGAGCGCGGCUGCGUCGAUCUGUGCGAGCGUGCGCGGGGACUGCACGGAGGCGGAGGCGGCGCGGUGGCAUAGCAGCCGCGUGGCGGUGUCGUACACCAGGUUCCUCGUGGUCGUCCUGAGCGCAUACAAGCAGAUCCGCUCGCAGUCCACCAACGUCCUGGGCGACAUCUCCGAGAACAACUUCGACAGGGCGUUCGCGUGCCUGCGACCCGUCAUCCAAGGCGGCGCCGAGAUGGGCACGCGCCUCUCCGAGGACGAGCUCCAGCGCGCGCUCGACUUCUGCGUCCACCUCUUCGACCCGACGACGCCCGAGCAGCACGAGCGCGUCCGCCGCACGCUCGCGCGCCUCGCCGUGCAUCCUGGCGCUGAGUCAGGGAUCCACGUCGAACGCGGUGAGGCCAGGGAACGCCAGUCCCUCCUGGACGUCCGCGCGCCGAUCGUGGACCCGUCGAAGCUAGAGAAGCUACUGCGGUUCCAGUCCCGCCGUGGCUCGGAGUCGUCUGCGGAUCCUCGCGUCCUGGAGAGGGCGGAGACGACGGGCGUGGCGGGGGCCGCGCCGGGGAUGGAGGACGCGGAGGUGAGGAUGGUGCUGGAGAAGGUGAACGCGCGGCGGGUGAUCCAUUCGGAGCACGUGGACGCGGUGAAUAGUUUGGAGGAGGAGGCGGUGGAUGGGUUUGUGGUGAAGCUGGAGAGGGGUAAGUUGGGCUUGAGGCGGGCGGGGACGGUCUGAGGACUGAUGGUAGGGUCGAAUUCGGGCUUUGGGACUUGGGUGCUUUGAUGAGCGUAUGUUGGACGGUCCGUACUCGCGAAUCGGUCGGUUUUGGUCGGGUAUCGAGGAUAAACUGUGUGUAGCAAGUAUGACAUACAUGCCAGUGCGUUGUAUUCUACAAA